ACCCAUAUUGCACAAUGCCCUGGUCAGAGCUGCCACCCAUAACCUGGCAGCAAUAAAAGGGCGAAGGAGCGAGCACUUCGGCAGAGACCUGCGAGGAGCACAUCCCUGGGUACGCCAGCUGUCUGCUCGCUGCAGAGAUGGUGCAAGUGACUACCUUUCUCCUGGUGCUCAGCCUGGCCCUGGUGGCUUCUGGCCUCUCUGCAGGAAAGUGCGUGCUGACUGGGCAGUGGACCAACGACCUGGGCUCCAACAUGACCAUUGGGGCUUUGAACGAGAAAGGCGAAUUCUCUGGUUCCUACCACACAGCCGUUACUGCCACCACAAACAAGAUUCAGAUUUCACCACUGCAGGGGUCGCAGCACAGCACAAACCAGAAGAGCCAGCCUACCUUUGGCUUCACCGUCAAUUGGCGUUUUUCAGACUCUGUCACAGUCUUCACGGGCCAGUGUUUUGUGGACGAGGACGGAAGGGAGAUUUUGAAGACCAUGUGGCUCCUGCGGUCCCGUGUGAACAGCAUCAAGGAUGACUGGAAAGCCACCAUGGUCGGCAUCAAUGUCUUCACCCGCCUGCACUCACGGGAGUGAGGAUGGCAGCAUGGAGGUUCCCGUCUCAGCUGCACCGAGGAUACAGACACUCCCCAUCAUUCCCCAUCUCCUGCUUCUCUCAAUAAAACUUUGCUGCAAAUACUGUCUUGGCUCCUGCCGUGGCGUGGCUCAAAGCCCACAUUCCCCCGAGCCCCCCCGCCGUGGCAUCCGACAGCCUCUCCUGUCCCCGUCCCCAAACCCCGAUGUGCGUCCCCUGCCGUGACCUUCAGCCCACGGCCCGGGCUCCU